GUCAACUGAACUAUUCACACUACAGUUUAUACAUUAUAUUUCUAAAACCCGUACAUAGAUAUAUAUAAUAGUUUCACGAUUUAUGACUGAGUGCUUGAAAUAAAGGUCCGCGUGGCGCUGACACGAGCCAGGAGUUACUAUAAUGGCACUGUUUACGAUAAAUAGGUAUUUAGGGGAUGAGGAGGACGGGGAAUACUGCAGAGAGUCUCGCUCCAGAGCUUUACUGGCUAAACUACAGGAGCAGGUCAAAGCCAGAGAACUGCAGAGCAUCUCAAACAGAGCUGAUGAAGAUGGGGACCGCCAGGGUGAUAAAGAAGAGAAGAAAAGGAAUCGGGAAGAAGCAGAGACGGAGACAGAGGGAGUUCAGCGUAAAACAAAGAAGAGUAAAAAAGAGAGAAAAACUGAUAUCAGUGAUGAAGUUGCCAGUUCGACUAAAAAGAAGAAAAAACAGAAGACAUUGUCUGCUGAAAACAAGAACACAAAUAGAGCAGAUGAAGAAUCUGAUAAAGAGAAAUCUAUAGAGAUCACAGAAACAAGUGAAAGUGGCCUAGAGGAAAAUAAGACGACUGAAGAGCCUGCGGCCAAUCAGGAGCCAAAGGAAGAGAACGGCUCCUCCCAGACCACCUUCCGCAUCCUGGGGGGCUUCGAGGAGAAGACUGUGCAAAAGGUUAAAAGAGUGUUGCCUCAAUGGUUGGCACGGCCUGACGUCAUUCAAAGAGACAUUAAGAGCAACCUCAUUCCCAUGACUGAGGUGCCAGGCAUCUGUCCCACACUGCUGAAGAAACUAGAAACCAACGGAAUAAAGAGCUUCUUUCCAGUUCAAGCCGAGGUCAUCCCUGCCAUCCUAGAGAGCGUGAGCUCAGGGCUGCUGCUCGGCCCAGGUGGCUACAGACCCAGAGACAUCUGUGUGUCUGCUCCUACAGGAAGUGGAAAAACACUGGCGUUCGUGAUACCCGUUGUACAGGCGCUGUCCAAGCGCGCGUGGUGCGUGAGGUCCGUCGCCGCUGUACUUCCAACCAAGGAGUUAGCGCAACAGGUGUCAAAGGUGUUUAGCACAUACACCGAGGGCACCGGUCUUAAGGUGGUGAUGAUCACAGGCCAAAAAUCCUUUCCUGCAGAGCAAACAGCGCUUUCUGAAAUCAGAGGAGGUGUUAGUCACAGUUCGGCUGACAUUGUGGUGGCCACACCAGGCCGGCUGGUGGAUCACAUCAACAAAAACAGCAACUUCAGUCUACAAUCUCUACGAUUCCUGAUUAUUGACGAGGCGGACAGGAUGAUUGACAGCAUGCAUCAGUCGUGGCUCUCUCAGGUGACCAAAGCAGUGUACAGAAGCCCAGGCGACACACAGACUUCUGUCUUCAGGAGAACCCUGCCCGGACCGAUCACAGUGGCAAGUUUGAGUCCUCCACAGAUUCCUCUACAGAAGCUGCUGUUUUCCGCCACUCUCACCCAAAACCCUGAGAAGCUGCAGCUGCUGGAUCUGCACCAGCCUCGACUCUUCAGUUCCACACACAGCGGUACGGAGGCCAGCGCACAGAGCCAGGACGUUUUUAACUUCCCUCAGGGUCUCGCAGAGUAUUAUGUUCCCUGCUCCCUAAGCAAUAAACCGCUCAUCAUCAUUCACUUCCUGCUGUGGCUCAAGUUCAGGCCUGUUUUGUGCUUCACGAACUCCAGAGAAGCGGCUCACCGACUGUAUUUGCUCGUGAAGCUGUUCGGCGGUGUGGAAGUAGCCGAGUUUUCCUCUAAACUGAGCCCGAGUGAACGACAAAAAACACUGAAGGACUUCGAACAAGGAAAGAUCCCGCUGUUAAUAAGCACAGACGCCGCUGCCAGAGGUAUUGAUAUCGCCGGCGUAAAAUGUGUCAUUAAUUACGAUGCUCCUCAGUACAUCCGAACAUACAUUCACAGGGUGGGCAGAACAGCGAGAGCAGGGAAGGGCGGCUCAGCCUUCACCUUCCUUUUAAAGUUGCAGGAGACGUGUUUCCUGAAGAUGGUGAGGGAUGCGGGCAGUCCUGGCAUAAAGAAGCACAUUAUAAAAGAUGGAAUUCUUAGAAGCAUGGAGCCCCGCUAUGAGCAAACGCUGGCUGAGCUCGGCGAAGUUGUGAAGGAGGAAAAGGCGAGGAAGCGAUUCUGAGGUGGAACUGACCUGAGCUGUACACCUGUUUGUUUUUCAGUGUUUCUCAAAAAAUGUAUGCCUGGACUGUAAUAAAAUAAGUUGCAAAUGUUUUUUUUUAAUAAAAUGUACAAAUCC